AUGUAUAAAAAACCAACUUCCGGGAAAAAGACAAAUCUGUCUCAGUUUGGCCUGAUAGACAUCCCAGAUUUGGAUGAUGAAGAAGCGAUGGAUCUGUCCGACGAUGAUGUCGAUUUAGAAGCAGAACUGGCUGCUCUUAGUGGAGGAAAGAGGCAACAAAGACAACGGAAACCAGCUCCUGUACCAGCUAGCGACCUUGAUGCUAUGAUCGCUGCGAGCUUGAAAGAUAUACCGUCGGAUGAAGAUGUGUCGGGUGAUGAGGAUGAUCCAGAUCUUCUAGACGAGCUUCAAGCCCUAGCAAUAGAUGACCAGCCUCAAGUGGAGUCUCCAAGACCAAGGACAAGUCGACCGGCACCCCCUCCACCGUCCGCUGAGAAUAGUAUGGUCAGCCUCCUACAAGAAAGAAUCUCAAAUUAUACUAUCGCUGAGAAGAAUGCUAAGGAAAGUGGGGAAAGUGGAAGGGCUAGACGGUUUGGAAGAGCUCUCAAGACACUCAAUGACCUGCUGAAACAAGCUAAAUCUGGCAAAUCAAUAAAUGAUGAGGAUAUUCCUCCACCAGUUAGUGUGGGAAAACCGAAACCGGAUGUACCAAGAGACUCGCCACCAAACCCACAAGCAGAACCCAUUAAUACACUUCCUGAACCUCUCACACCUACACAAGUACCCUUACCCCCACCCAGAACCACCUCCAUAGCACCAAACCCUGAAGAAACCAGAUCCCCUACUCCACCAGAACCCAAAGAACCUCCACCAGUCCUCUCAGAUGUAGAUCCCGCCAGGGCCCAAGGACUGCAAUUGAUACUGAAUAGGAAAGCAGAAUUCAAAGCAGCAGCUCUAUCAAGCAAACACUCGGGAGACAAAACCUUAGCGUUAGAGUACCUCAAGGUUGUCAAACAGUUUGAUAUAGUGGUUGAAGCUUAUAAAUCAGGUCAAGAGAUGGAUCUCAAUGAACUACCAACUCCUGAGAGCAUCGCGGCUGCUAUCAAGGGGCAAAAGGAGGAAGAACAAGUACAGAAUUCAGCAGAACCUGCCCCUGAAGUUCCUCCGGAGCCAGUCGGUUUGAUCACCGCAUCCUCUGUAGAUGAAGCUCUAAGACAACGACUUGCACAUUUUCAGGAACAAGAAAAUAAAGCGAAAGACGAGGGGAACACGUCAAAGGCGCGUCGUAUGGGGAGAAUAGUGAAGCAAUACCAGGACGCUAUCAAGUUACACAAGGCCGGGCGACCCAUACCCAUCGAUGAGCUACCCACACCCAAUGGAUACGCACCCAUACCCACUGGCGAGUCGCCCUCCCCGCGGCCCGCUCCGUCCCCCUCCCCCCGCCGCCCCGCCCCCUCUCCCGCCCCGUCCGUCCCGUCCCCGUCCCGUGUCCCGUCCCGCUACGACAAGCAGAUAGCUCUGUUGCUGCACAAACAGAAGCAGUUCAAAGAGGCAGCGCUGCAAGCUAAGAAGGACGGUAACAUCGAACAAGCGAAGGAAUACCUCCGAGCAGCCAAGGGUUUCGACUCAGUGUUAGAGGCGGCCCGCGGCGGGCUGGCCGUUGACCUCGCCUCACUACCGCCACCUCCCGGAGAACAGAAGGCUAUGGAGGACACUUUCGACAUAGUAACAGUAGAAGAAUGCGUGUCUGUCGAUGAUAUUUCAAGCGAGGACACAGACGUGAUGUCCGCCCUACAGAGACAACUGACCAAACAGAUGAAGAUGUGUCUGACUAACAAGGAACACUACCGGGCCAUGGGGAACGUGGCGGAGAGCAACAGGUACCACCACCUGGCUGCUACCACCAAGCAAGACCUGGAUGUAGUCAUUGUGGCUAGGAGUCUGAACCAGGGUCCUCCUAAAUUCCGCUAUGAGAACCGCAAGUUCUCCAUAGUACAAUGUAAUACGGACCUUAACGACACGGACUUAGAGCUCACUAUAGUGCGAGGGAUCACAUACAACGUCGCCAACCCUAAAGACGUCGACACAUACGUCAAGUUUGAGUUCCCAUUCCCACAGGAUGCACCAGUUUCUGACCGAACUCAGCUAAUAAAGGACACAAACAAUCCACAAUACGACGCUGUGUUCAAUAUACCCAUACAAAGAAACUCAAGAGCAUGUCUUAGAGUGUUCAAGAGACAUGCCAUCAAGUUAGAAGUGUACUCCAGAGGGUGUUCGUUGUGUUGCAGCGGUUGGUUCAGGAGCGACUCCCUCCUGGGUUCAGUAUCUAUCAAGCUAGCGCCUCUAGAGACGGUCACCACGCUUCAUGAUUCUUACCCGUUAAUGGAGGGUCGUCGACCCGCCGGGGGUUCUUUAGAGGUGAAGCUUCGUGUGCGAACACCUCUUCUUCAACAGCAAUUAGAACACACUACAGUCCGAUGGCUAAUCAUAGACCCAUAG